UCAAUUAUUUUGUAAAGCGUUUACAAUUGAUGGUACGGAUAGCCCACUCCUGUGAUGAAUGUGCUUGUCAGAAGAAAUGUUUAAAACUCUAUCAUUCACUUCGACAAACAGCUUCAGUAACACAACAUAGCAGAGCAUUUAUGUGGUGUAAAGUGCAUUUUUGUUACUUUUUCAAAAUGUGUUACCGUUGUGGUGUGAUUUUGCUUUACGCGUUAAACGUUAAACGCCGUGUACUAAUAAUUUUCGCUCAGAAAACAAGGAAACGCCCAUCUGCACGCGGUACGAUGUACUGUUGACAGACCAUGCUGUUUUUAUUCCCACGAGGAGACCCCUCGCGGCAACUGUAAUUGAAUUAAUUCUCGACGCUCGAGCACGUUUUUUAAGGCGUCUGUCAAAAUUACAACCUGUGACAACCGUUAAAAAAAAGAACAGUAGCAAUUGAUCAAAGUAACAACGUGGUAACUGUAUUUGAACUGCACAAUGACCGAUUCAUUUUCAACGUCUAUUGAAUCCUCGGAAUGGGCAAAUGAGAAACUGACAACUGCAACCAUAAGCCAGGAGGGAAGAGGGAAUGUCGCGGCCAACGUUGAACAGCAGCCCCGACAACCAGCGGCAUUCGGCGCUAAGACUAUGUCCCCUUCUUCAGCAUCAGCUGCGGCCGGUGGCCGGGUAGUGUCAGCCUCUCCUCGACCCCUCCGGGAGGCCUCAACACCAAGCCGAGCAGACAUCGGGGUCAGGCGACGCCUCCUCACUCCCAACCCUAAUGGAGAAGAGCCUGAUCCUGCCGAGGAGGCCCGUGAUCUGCCGCCAGUUUAUAUCUCCCCUUACAAAUACGCCUAUAAGGAGGUGGUCACCCUAUACUGCGACCAGAUACUUGGACUUUGCAAGGCUGAAGCUGCUGAUGAAGCUAUGAGCAAAUAUCUUACAGACCAAUUAACAACUAAAAGGUCUUGGACUGGAGUCUGGAGAACCAAUCCUGAGCUCUUCUUUGUAAACUACGAAGAAGGACUAAUACCAUAUGUGGGAAUUCUUGUUGAGGUAUUGUGCAAACCAUGUCAGAGCAAGACCCCCCCUCUGCGAGUCAUGGUGUCAAUAGUGGAGCCGUUUUCCUCUAAUAUUGCCAGUCUGCCAAGAGAGCUUGUUGAAGAAGUUUUGAAUGGACAGGAUCACUGUGUGCCACUGCUGGAAGUCUAUCCCAUUGAGGAUCAAGAUAUUACAGUGAACAAUAUUGCUCAAGCUUUGGAGAAUGGAAGGUUUUUCUAUGACUUUCUCUGGAGAGACUGGGAUGAUGAAGAAGGAUGUGAAGACUAUGCCAGCCUAAUUGAGAAACGCAUCCAGCUGUACUAUGACAUUCAAGAUGGAAGUAUACCAGGUCCUAUUGGAGAGCGCUUCAAGAAGAUGUUAGAGAAGUACAGGAAUAAACGGUUGGAGCUGAUUGAAUACCAAAACAGCAUAAGAGAUGAACCUUUACCAGUAGAAGCUGUGGAAUGCUGGAAGAAGUACUAUGAAAUCCUUAUGCUUUGUGGUUUGUUGAAAUUCUGGGAGGAUAUGCGUCUCAGAGCUAUUGGACCAUUCUUUCCAAGAAUAUUAAAACGCAGAAAAGGGCAAAGGUCUUCUGGAAAAAUAGUAACUCACAUAGUUGCAGAGAUGAUGACUACUGACAUGAUAAAUAACUGCUCUGCUGAAACACUGAUUCAGCAGCAUGACAGCCUGGAUGGAGCUCUGGACUCCUGCUACUCUGGAGAUACUGUGGUGAUUUUCCCAGGGGAAUACCAGGGCUCUAGCCUUGGUCUUUUGACAGAUGAUAUCAUCAUAAAGGGAGCUGGAAAUCGAGAUGAUCUUAUUAUUUUCUCUGAUCCAGCACAUGACAAUUUUGUUGCUUCCAAAGCCACAAAAGUUACUUUGAUGAACCUAACUUUGGUGCAGAAUGGAACCUGUGAUGGUAUUGUGGUAGUAGAGUCUGGACAAAUGAUUCUUGAGAACUGUGUUUUUAAGUGUGAAGGCACUGGUGUUUGUGUUCUGACAGGGGCUUCCCUGGUCAUGAAGAACUGUGAGAUUGUUGGUGCACAGGGGGCUGGAGUUGAACUGUUUCCUGGAAGUGCUGCAACACUGGAAGGGAAUGAAAUUCACCACUGCAGCAAUGUGAGGACAAAAGACAAGAAAAUGUUAUUAGGAGGCAUCAAUUUGAAAAUUCUUCCACCACCACAACUGAAGAUGGCCAAUAAUCAUAUUCAUGACAACCAAGGAUAUGGAGUCACUAUUCUUCUGCCUGAUAAACUAUGUUAUGUACGUGGGGAUGAUGUGGAGUGUACUGCUGGUGGGGACAAAAGAAAAUGGGAUCUCUUGCCAAAGGCAAUGCAGAACCUCAGUCUUGAAAUUAAUACUAAUAAAUUGGAAGCCAAUACAAUGGGAGACAUUGGGCUUAUACCUAACAGCUAAAUUACAGUUGGCCAGCUGUUUAUCUGAUAUAAAAGGUUCAGUAUGAUGUUUGGUACAACAAGUUGAAACAUUUAAAAAGACCUGUAAAGAUCUGUCUAUAAAAAAGGUUUUACAGCCACUGGGCUGUCUAUGAAUAACUUUUAAGUGCUUUACUACCCGAUUAAAGGUUUUUGAUACAGGUUUUGUUGCAGUAAGUUACGUAACUGUUUGGCCACAAUUACAGACUACGAACAAAUAACUCUAAAAUGCAGAAUAAUUUUAAAAGCAAUGCUAGAAUGAAAGCUAAAGGAAAGUUCUACAGAGAAAUAAAAACAAUGUCUUUGUUCGGUUAUGGUUAACUAGGUUGUUAAAUGUCAUUUUCGAAGAUUCAUCUACCACAUUUUCACAUAAAUACCGAUUGGUAUACAUUAUAGUAAAUGUAAAGUUUAAUAUGCAUAUGUUUAUAAAUGUGUAUUUUGGAUGCAACACUACUGUCUAUUGUUUUUAUGAUGUUUGUUAUCAUACCAAAGACCUUGUACUUGUGUUUACCCAUAAGAAAAUAAAUAAUGGGUCAGUUAAGUUUAAAUUUGUUUAUUAGUUUCAGCCUUUUACAAACAUAAGCAUUGUCUUGUCUGGCUCAGUUAAAGCAGAAAUCACUACUAUUAGUAAAGGACCAUCGAAAAUUAUCCAAAUGUUUUCAAAGAUUAAAAAGCAUGCAUUGGGAGGGGUUGAGAAGCAGUGUACACUUUGAUUUAAAAAAAAAAUUAAAAAUUAAUGGACGAAGUUUUAUAUAGCUUGAAAUAUUCACAUGCCUUCCUGCAAAAGAACUGUAGCCACCAGAGAGGUCAUUUUUGUCACAGUUCAUGAUAUUUAACUUUUGGUUGAGAAAAAGGAUCCUGUAAUGCAGGGGUGUCCAAUCAUGAUCCUGGAGGACAAUUCCACUCCAGGUUUAAAAGUAGCACACUAUGUACACUUGCUAUAAUUUAUGAUAACUUUGGGAUGAGCCCAAACACAAAACUUGAUAAAGCAAAGCAGUUUUACAGGAAAUAUGCAAACACUCAACAAAUGUGUUCAAGACAUUAAAACACAAAAACCACCACUUACUUUAUUACAAAUGCACUAAAUGUCCUAUUGCAGUUAUUGUUCCAAGUGCACAUUUACAUUUUUAUGGAACUUGUUCUUGGAAGGGGGGUGGGGGGGGGUUAAAUACAUACACUCCCAACAUGGCCAUUGGGCUAAAGAAAACUGGACUCUCAUCUUUUGCAUACUGUUUUUUAAAAGCCACCUCCAUACCCUCCUCCUCCCCUGUAGCCACUAUAGCCUGAUCCCCUGUAGCCACCGCCUCCAUAUCCUCCACCCCCUCCAUAGCCCCCACCUCCUCUUCCUCCUCCAUAUCCCCCUCUGUACCAAUA